CUGGGUAACACCGCCGGCCCGUUGUCGCUCGGCUUCCUCCGCCUCCGCCCCCUCUUUGUCGCUUCCCAGAACCGGCGGGGGCAGCACCACUCAGGAGGGGCCCCUCCAUCGCCCGCGGCAUCACAAGGACGGGGAGUCGACAUGCGGCAGGAGAGCUGCCGGCCUUGGCGAUAGAAGAUCUUAUAGUACAAAUUAUUGGUAACCAUGGUGCAGAAAUACCAGUCUCCCGUGAGGGUGUAUAAACACCCCUUUGAGCUAAUUAUGGCUGCAUAUGAGAAAAGGUUUCCCACUUGCCCUCUUAUCCCCAUGUUUGUAGGCAGUGAUACUGUGAGUGAAUUCAAGAGUGACGACCGAGCAAUCCAUGUGACCGAAAGACGUUGUAAACUGGAUGUGGAUGCUCCACGGCUCCUGAAAAAGAUUGCAGGGGUAGAUUAUGUUUACUUUAUCCAAAAGAACUCCUUGAAUAGAAGAGACCGCACUUUACACAUAGAGGCCCACAAUGAAACUUUCUCCAACAGAGUUGUCAUUAAUGAAAAAUGCUCAUAUACGGUGCACCCAGACAAUGAAGACUGGACAUGUUUUGAGCAGUCUGCAAGUCUUGAUAUUAAAUCUUUCUUUGGCUUUGAAAGCACAGUAGAAAAGAUUGCUAUGAAGCAAUACACCAGCAAUAUUAAAAAGGGCAAAGAGAUAAUAGAGUACUACUUGAAGCAACUAGAAGAAGAAGGUGUAGCAUUUAUUCCUCGUUGGACUCCUCCUGCUAAAUUUGCAUUCGAACACGGCACAGCUCACUUUAGACGGUCACUGUCCCCUCCAAUCAGCAUACCAGAAACUGUCGUUAAAGAGGGACUGAACACCAAGGAAAUCAACACAUGCAACAAUGCAUCAGAACUGGCGGCUGGAACACCUGAUGACAAAUUAGAUGCAGAUUAUAUCAAGAGGUAUCUGGGCGACUUGACUCCACUUCAGGAAAGCUGCCUCAUCAGGCUUCGGCAGUGGCUCCAGGAAACACACAAAGGCAAAAUCCCCAAAGAUGAGCACAUCUUAAGGUUCUUGCGUGCCAGAGAUUUCAACAUUGAUAAGGCCAGAGAAAUCCUGUGCCAGUCGUUAACGUGGCGCAAACAGCAUCAGGUGGACUACAUCCUGGAUACAUGGAACCCUCCUCAAGUAUUGCAGGAUUAUUAUGCAGGUGGUUGGCACCAUCAUGACAAAGAUGGGCGUCCACUGUAUGUGUUGAGACUAGGCCAGAUGGAUACCAAAGGUUUGGUGCGAGCUCUUGGAGAAGAAGCCCUGCUUCGCUAUGUUCUAUCUAUAAAUGAAGAAGGACUGAGGAGGUGUAAAGAAAAUACAAAAGUAUUUGGAAGGCCUAUUAGCUCUUGGACUUGCUUGGUGGAUCUGGAAGGCUUGAACAUGCGUCACUUAUGGAGACCUGGGGUCAAGGCCUUGCUGAGAAUCAUUGAGGUGGUAGAAGCCAAUUAUCCAGAAACGCUCGGACGUCUUCUAAUUCUCCGAGCCCCCAGAGUGUUUCCAGUCCUUUGGACACUGGUUAGCCCUUUCAUUGAUGACAACACUCGAAAGAAAUUCCUGAUUUAUGCUGGCAAUGAUUACCAGGGUCCUGGUGGACUGUUGGAUUACAUUGACAAAGAAAUUAUUCCCGAUUUUCUUGGCGGAGAAUGUAUGUGCGAAGUUCCAGAAGGUGGGCUGGUUCCCAAAUCUUUGUACCGGACAGCAGAAGAACUGGAAAAUGAAGAUAUAAAAUUGUGGACAGAAACUAUCUAUCAGUCUGCAAGUGUCUUCAAAGGAGCUCCCCAUGAGAUUUUCAUUCAGAUUGUGGAAGCUGCUUCUGUGAUCACCUGGGAUUUUGAUGUUUGUAAAGGUGAUAUUGUUUUCAACAUCUAUCACUCCAAGAGAGCCCCUCAGCCUCCAAAAAAAGACUCUUUGGUAGGGGCGCAUAGCAUUACCUCUCCUGGUGGCAAUAACGUACAGUUGAUAGAGAAAGCUUGGCAACUGGGACGAGACUACAGUAUGGUGGAAUCACCACUCAUCUGCAAGGAAGGCGAAAGUGUGCAGGGAUCUCAUGUGACUAGAUGGCCUGGCUUCUACAUUCUCCAGUGGAGGUUCCACAGUAUGCCUGCCUGCGCUACCACCAGUCUGCCUCGUGUUGAUGAUGUACUGGCAUCGCUACAGGUCUCAUCUCACAAGUGCAAAGUGAUGUACUACACAGAAGUAAUUGGGUCAGAAGAUUUCAGGGGAUCCAUGAGCAGCCUUGAAUCAAGUCACAGUGGAUUUUCUCAGCUCAGUGCUGCUACAACUUCCUCCGGCCAAUCCCAGUCCAGCUCCAUGAUAUCCAGGUAGUGCCGCUGCCUACAUUAAGCCAGUUGAUGAGACGGCGGGACCCUCGUCUACGGCAGCCACCUGCAAUACAGCAUAAUCAUCAGUGACCGUUGCAAAAACAGACACACAAAUGGAAGGUCUUUUUACAGAUAGUAAAAGUAGCUGCGUGCAUUUAAAU